AUGCGUGAAGUUUCCGAUACCCUCUGGAAUUUUCACCUUACGUGGAGAUCAAAGAAUGACGAGAUCAUGUUUCCUCCGCGAGCGCAAGCUCCGCACCGCGUCGUCCUGUAUGAUAACCGAGCCAGUAUCGGACGACGAAACCGACGAGUCCAACGCAAUAAAACGAGCCGUCGCAACGCAGAAUGCAGAUCCCCCGAUCCAUCGGCAAAGGAACUCCGAGCCCGCCUGGAAAUCCGACUUAAGAUUCACUGCUCGGGAGCACCCCCAAUCGCGGAACCGGUACUCGUCCAAGCCCUCGGAAACGGACUUCGAUACGAAUCCGGAUUCUGGGAAGAUAUCCGCAUCCGCCCCUCCCCAACUUUGAAGGACGCCUUCCUUCGCGCUGAGAAUUACAUCCGCCUCGAGCAAGACAUCCCGCAGCUACGGUUCGACCCCGAAGAUCCUCGGUUCCGGCUAAGAAACAAGAGAAAGUCAUCAUCCUCUCGCCCGGAGAAGUCCACGCAUAAAGCACCAAGGUGCCAUCACGAAUCUCUCCCUCGCCGAGACGACGCCCCUGUCUACGAGGCGAGACCAGGAGAAACAUGGAGAAUCGCGCGAAGACUGAUCGCCAUGCACCCCCGCAAUGCUCGUUCUCCGAUCAGGAGAUAUUCGAGAUCAUUGCCGAUAUUCGAAGAACUCCCCUGA